AAAACCCCGCCUGACAAUCUGAUUACACAGAGAGAGUUGGACAGAGACAGCGGCUUUUGCUUAGCGAAUCUUUCCUUUAUCUCAGCGAUUUGUGUUGUUUCUUUGUGCCAUGGAGAUCCAGGGAUUAGGGUUCUUGCCUAUCCUUUGGGUCACAUGGAACCUUUUGGGCCUCAGCACUCUUGUCACCUUGACCAUCGCCCUAGGACAUAGCAGACAGCCGUUUAUCAGUGACACGGCUGUAGGAUAUCCUGAGUGGAUAAUAUAUAAGGUUGUGUUCUUUGGUGCACCCAUCAUAGGAGUUGCCGUCACCUACCUGCAGCACCGAUUUAUGUUCCUGCGCUCUGAACCAUCUGCGAAGCAUUUUAGGAUUUACCAGAAGAUCUUGUUUACCUUAGGAUGCAUCAUGUGCAUAGGAACAGCCCUGAAUGCCGUAUUUACUAUGGGGAACAAUCCUACAAUACACAGGAUCAGCUCAGGUAUGGCAUUUAUUUGUGGAGCCAUAUAUAAUGUGUGCCAAGCUGGAUUCCUAUACAAAAGGUCAUACAGCAGCCGGAUUGUUUGCCAUAUAAGGCUGGCCUCCACCUUAGUGACUUCUGUGGUGCUGCUGCUCUUCAGUGUCGGUCAGGUCUCCUUCUAUACGGAUCUGUGCACCGGACACUGCGAGGAGAUUAUGUAUGUCCCCGUCAUGGUGGCUGAAUACCUGGGAUUCUGCGGCGUCACCUUAUACCAUGUGACCCACUAUACAGAUUUACAGCAUUUGUCAGUAAAGAUUUCCAGAAAUGACAUUAACGUCAGUCUGAGGACCAAGAUACCGGACCCGGAACAGAACCAUCCUGUAGAACAGUGA